AUGGAACUUCAUUGCUCAUAUCCAUUUCCCCACGAUAGCACGUGCAAGAGGGGAUGUACUGACAAAGAAAGGGACAAUCACGUGAAUCACGGUGCGACCGCAGUGCCCGUCGAUGCUGACGGUCUCAUCGAGGGUAAUUACGAUCAAGUGGUAUCAUCGUUCGAUGAAAUGAAUCUCAAGGAAAAUCUCCUACGUGGAGUGUAUGCAUUCGGUUAUGAGAAGCCAUCGGCUAUACAGCAACGAGCGAUUGUUCCCUGUUGUACAUUGACGGAUGCUAUCAAGAUGUUCGUAUUGGACGAAGCCGAUGAGAUGCUUUCUAGAGGUUUUAAAAAUCAAAUCUAUGAAGUGUUCAAAACAAUGCCACAAGAUGUGCAGAGAGUCAAUUUUGCGUAUUGA